UGUGGUUGCAACUAAGAUUAAAUUAAUCAACUAUAAAAAGGUUGCGCACCCAAACUAGGCCAAAGCAGAAAUUUCCUAAUUAGGAAAUGGAACAUUCGGCGAGCCAAAUUUCCCCCAGAUUUAGUAGUUGGAUGACGAGAAGGAAACUCUUAUAAAAGCCCAUAAAUUUAUCUGAUUUGAUUUUAUUUUCGUUUUUAUAUAUGUUAUUAUCAUAUAGACUGAACUAUACUCUAUAAAAAGCUGCAUUCUGGAAGAAGAUUAAAAAUUAGAAAUAUGCAAUUCAUCAGCCUUAUCAUCGUUAGCAUAUCCUUUAUUUUGCAGUUUAGCUCGGCUGCGGAUUUGGACUCAUCUGAAUUAGCCUUUCUUACUAGAUUCGUAGGUGAUGCUAAGUCUCAUUUACCAGAUUAUAUAGGUUAUCUUCAAACUGCUACUGUUUCUGUUCCUACUGGUCUUACAGCAUUAGCUAUUCAAGUUCAAACUUAUACAAACGAUGCAUACACUACAUUAUUAAGCGAAGCUGGAAUAAAUGUUAGUCAAUUAGAAUCAUUUGCAACUGGUUUACCUUGGUAUAGCCUGAGAUUAGCUGGAAAUGGUAAUAAUGUUGCAACUACUUCUGCAACUACCACCUCUAAUACUUCUAGUACUGUAUCGUCAACAUCAUCAUCUUCAAUAAAAACUUCAUCCUCAUCUAAGUCCAGUUCUUCAAUAACUACAGUCAAAACAUCCAAAACAUCCAAAACAUCCAAAACUACUACUACUACUACUAAUUCUGACUCUGCAUCAAGCGUUAAUUCAGCUUCUAUUGUUGCUCCUCCAACAACUUCCUCGAAAGCUGGAGGUUCUUCUGGAUUUGCUCAAGGUUCCUUUUUGGCUUCAGUUGCUGGAAUAGUUGUUCUUUUACUUUAGCUUUAGCUUAUAUAUUAGAAGAUACAAUGAAAUAUUUGUAACUAUAGACGUUUAUAAACUAAAAAUAUACUACUGUAAUACGUAUGAUUGUGUACUUGUAAGCAGCUUUAACUAC